CAGAGUGGAUGACGACGUCGUUUUCCAAUAUGGGAGGGUUUAGGGUUCUCUGUUUCAAGUCCCCAUCAGCACCAAGAAAGAAGCCAUGAAAAUGGAUCCAACUCUAGAGAGAACGAACGACGUCGCCCCAUCCACUGCUUUGGCAUACCUCGACCCUCGCUACUGGGAUGAGAGAUUUGCUCAGGAAGAGCAUUACGAAUGGUUCAAGGACUACUCUCAUUUCCGUCAUCUCAUUCUUCAGCAUAUGAAGCCCAGUUCUUCGGUAUUGGAGCUGGGAUGUGGAAAUUCACAGCUAUGCGAUAAUUUGUAUGAAGAUGGAAUUACUGGGCUGACAUGCAUUGAUUUGUCCGCUGUUGCGGUCGAGAAGAUGAAGAAAAGGUUACUAUCGAAGGGAUACGAAGAAAUUGAAGUGCUGGAAGCUGACAUGCUAGACCUUCCCUUCAGUGAUGAAUGUUUUGACGUGGUUAUAGAGAAAGGAACCAUGGACGUAUUGUUCGUGGACAGUGGUGACCCAUGGAAUCCACAACCUGAAACGGUAAACAAGGUGAAUAGAAUGCUUCAAGGUGUUCAUAGGGUUUUGAAACCAAAUGGCAUUUUUAUCUCGAUCACUUUUGGCCAGCCCCACUUUAGGUGUCCAUUAUUUGAUGCUCGAGAAUUUUCCUGGUCUGUUGAGUGGAGUACAUUUGGCGAUGGAUUUCACUAUUUUGUCUAUUUGUUGAAGAAGGGACAGAGAUCAUCAGACAGUAGUGGGAACGCACAGAAGGUUGACAUGCCUUCUAUUUCCCUUUUUCAUGAUGAAUUAGAGGAUGAAGACUAUAUUUUUCGGACCAACAUUGAUGAGAUGGAAUGUCUCAACUGAAAUUUAAACUGUAUAUACUUUCUUCUUACUCUUGUAACCUUCAUUUACUUUACGCUGAUGCACUACUGUAUUUGGAGUUCAAUAUAAUCAGCAUACAUCCCUGCCCAUAUCCUAGUUUUGCUUAGAUGUUGCCCUCC